UCUUUGAAUUCAUCGCCCUCACAACCUCCGGCGGCCUGCUCCUUCUCUGUCGGCCCCAGGCUUCUACGGUCUGAUAAGAAAGCUGCAGCCCAAACCCAACGGAGAACGGCCUGUCGCUCGGGGAUACAGGGGUGACCACUGACCUACAGGGUCCAUUACAAUGUGCAGGUGACCGCCUCAUAUAAAGCUCGCGCAGCCGAGCAGCUGUCGCCCCCUUCCCCCCUCGUCAUCUACGCACCAAUCACGAUGGGGAGACCUCACUUUGUCGCCGACCUUGUAUUCGAAAUCCUCGACAACGAUGAUCACUGGUGGCCGCGCGAUCUCGCGCGCCUCGCCGUCGUGUCCUCGGAUUGGCUUUGGCCUGUGCGCAAGCUCCUCUACCGCCGCCCCGUCAUCCGCACCUUCGCCGAAUGCGCGCUGCUCGGCCGCGCGCUCGAGGGAACCCCAGAACUGCGCGCGCUCGUGCGCGGUAUCGACCUGCAGCCCUGCGGCGCAUCGUCGCUGGCGCCCGACGCGAAGGUCAUGGCGGCCCUGCGGCGUAUCCUGACGCUGGAGAGCCUCGAGGCGGUUACCCUCGGAGGCGCCCUGGCCGUCGAGGCGGAGCGUUUCCUCAUGAUGUUGGCGGGGCACGCGACGGGUGUGAAGGAGCUCAGCAUCAUCGGAGCACCCUUGUGUGAUACCGUCAGCCCUGCCUCCGUCGCCGCGUCCCUCGAGUGGGAUACCGCCCGCGCGUGCGCUCUGCCGAGUCUCGAGCGUCUGCGCUUAUCCAACCUAUACCUCGACAUCGAGUUCCCCUACGAUUCCAUUGAAUCACGCCUCCGUGAACUCGUCCUCGACAACGUCACCAUCGAGAACGGCUUCCUCCCCCACCUCAUACAGGAGUCCGCCCCCGACUUCAAGCACCUCUCUAUCCUUACGAAGGAGCGUGAACAGUAUGACGAGCAGGUCAGGCUCGUGCUGGAGGCCUACGAGCUGGAGAGCCUUCAGUACGACGUCGACGAGCAGGACCCGUCAGAGGAGGACAUCUUCGGCGCAGACCUUCCUUCCCAUCCGUCCUUGCGCAGUCUCUCCCUCCGGGGUAUGAAGGUCUGCCCCGAUAUGCUGUCCGCCAUAUCGGAGAGCUGUCCAAAUCUGGACGAGCUCUUUGUCCAGGGUAGAAGCGUCUGCUUGUCACCCGAGCAGUGGGCGACAUUCAUCGCGUCUGGUGCUCUACCGAACCUGAAGUGUUUAGGACUGCCUUGGAGUACAUACCCGCCGUUCAGGCACUGGACGAAGACCUGCAGCAACUGCAUCGAGACUGCCUCUGCCCAACGCGAUAUUCGUCUUCACUGAUACCCUUGUAAUGACUUGCUUUGCUUUGCUCGCUCUGUACUACUACUGUCUGUUAUUCUACUUUUCUGGAUAUUGUGUACUAUACUCAGGAAUACAUACCACCGCGCCUCA